AUGCGGGAUUACUUGCUUCUCAGCGUGAGGCGGGCGGCGUCGUCGACGGUGCUUCUCCUGCCUGUGCGCGUACUCUGGGAUCGUUGGAGCACCUUUGACGCGGGGAACAUGCCUCCGCUCGCUCUCCGGAACGAUACAGUGGACCUGCGCCAUGUUGUUUGUCGUCCGUUCCAGUUACCGGGUGAGGUGCGUUGUUCUGUGGACCAACUACUGCAGGAGCAGCGAGAGCAGAAACCGGAUGAGGACGAGGAAGGGUAUAUUUCCCAUCUCAUGAAUUCCACAGACGAUGUCUCUUUCAAUACUCGAACGUGGCGUAUUGUCGUGACGCACCUUACGCUGCCUACCUUUCUCAUUGAGUGUACGCUUGAGGAAGUGGGCGACACAUUAUGCGUCAGGCGCUUAUGUGAGGUGGGGACAGGUGGGAGGCCGUACCACGCCGAUGAGUACGACGCCACUGUUGUGUGGGUUCCGUCGGACUAUGCAUUUAGCAGCGAUGCGUUUGCGUCAAUGCUGUGGCCGCUGCCCACAAAGGAGCCUGCCGCGGUGGUGCGCGUGCCUGUGUACCUCUGUUGGAAGAAGGCACUUCGACGUAACGGUGAAAACCCCAUGCUGUUGACAGUCUAUGGAUCGUAUGGUGACUGCUGCGAUGUUGUCUUUGAGACGGAGCGGCUUGCACUCCUGGACCGCGGCUUCAUAUGGGCGGCAGCGGGGGUUCGUGGCGGCGGGGAGCUUGGCAUCCCGUGGCGCGACGCGGGUCGCAAGCUGCAACGGGCAACGAGUGUCAAUGACUUUGUGAGUGUAUCGUGCUAUCUGCAGGAGACCGGCUGGUGUGCGGCAGGUCGACUUGUGACGCACGGCUCUUCGGCUGGCGGGUUUGUGGUGUCGGCGGCGAUGUGCGUCGCGCCAUCGCUUCCGCUUGCCGUCAUCGCGUCGGUGCCGUUUGUCGACUGUCUGACAACCCUGAUGGACGACAGUCUCCCACUCACCGUUUGCGAGUGGGAGGAGUUCGGCAACCCACGCGAUGACGCCGACGCCUAUCGCCUGCUGCGCCGCAUCUCGCCGAUGGACAACAUUCCGCCAGCGGAUGUCCCAUUGCCGCACAUGCUUCUGCUGACAGCAUGGCACGACACACGUGUCGGGUUUUGGGAAUCGCUUGCAUUUACCGCACGACUGCGGGCACGAGCGGAGGCGGGAGACACCGCCAAAUGGCGGCAGGUGCUUCUGCAUUAUUGUGACUUUGCUGUGGGCCACGGCGGGCCCAUGGGGAGGUACGAGAAGCUGAGGGAAAUUGCACGCGAGUAUACCUUUGCACUGCUGAUCCAGCAAGCCGCGACAGCGCCCCGCGCGGAUUCAUAG